AUGUGCUGGAACUGCAGAGGUACCAAUAGCAGGGGAUUUCCCAAUCUCAUUAGAGACCUAAAGCGGCUUCAUAAUAUGGAAGCUCUUUUCCUAGUUGAAACCCACUCCAGUGGUGAGAAAGCAAGGAAGGUAGCUGCUAGUCUAGGCUUUGAUAGCAGUGAAAUAGUUGAUGGGAACGGCCAAGCAGGGGGAAUCUGGUGUUUGUGGGAUUCUAACGCAGUCACCAUUGUGAAGCUUUUCUCCUCCCCCCAACUCCUGCAUUUGUCCAUCCAAAGGAAGAACGAGAGUGUUUGGUUUAUCACUGCCGUUUAUGGCAAACCUCACUAUAUGGGGCGUAGAGAGCUUUGGAGUCAAAUUUUGGCAAUUCAUGAUAAUAUGAAUGACCCCUGGUGCCUUCUUGGGGACUUCAAUGCUACUCUUCAUGACCAUGAAAGAGUGGGUAGCACGAACACUUCUCCGAGAGGGUCUCUUGAAUUCAGAGAGACAGUCAACCAGUGUGGCCUUAUCGAUGCUGGUUAUGUAGGCAAUCCUUUCACUUGGAAAAAGGGUAGACUGCAAGAGAGACUGGAUAGAGUUCUAUGCAACCUUGCUUGGAGACUUAAGUUUCCAGCUGGAACUGUUUACCAUCUCCAUUGUCUUAAGUCUGAUCACUCGCCCCUCCUGUUAAAGCUGGAUGUGAACCAGAGACAUGAUCCUUCCCGGAGACCCUUCAGAUUUCAGGCGGCUUGGCUCACUCAUGGGGACUUCUCCCCUUUCUUGAAGGUGACUGGAGUUUGA